GUUAAAAUGCUUCUUUAACACAACUAACUGUGUAAUAAUGAUACAGCAGUCACAGAGUAGUGUUGAUACUCCAGUACCGUUUCUGGGUUUAGGCAGGACUUGUAAUGCAGUAUUUUACACAGUUUUUUGGUAUUGAAGUAAAGGAGCUAAAUACUUAAAACAAUGACAGUAAAACGCAAGUAACACGUUCCUCUUUUACUUGUUAUUCACCAAAUAUCGAUUUUUGUGAGUUGACUUAAUAGUUUUUCAUACAAGGUUGUUUAUUUAAUAAUUGUAAACGUUAUUUUGUGAUUCUCUUUUAUAUUUUUAAUCCACCUGUUGUAAAUUGAGGAGUUCAAAGAAAAAGAUCGAGCACGGGGGCGGGGCUGGUGUAUGGUCAACUGACAUGAAGGGGUCAUGUGACUCGCUCACAGUAAACAUGGCUGCGGAGAAGAAGAGCAGCUGCAGGGUUUUUACUUUGACUUUUCAGGUUUUCGUUUUGGGUUUGUCUCAAAGCUUUUACAUCGGGGGAGAAGUUAAUAAAAGACAGUUGUUUGUAGAGUUAAACCCUGGGUCUACGUCAGUGCCUCCUGGUGGAGACCUGCUGCAUGUGAGAGCCGUGGGAAACAACGACACACUGCACUUCCUGUUCUGUAGCCAGGGGGCGCCGACGCUGCUUCUCAUCCACACCAACUCUUCUUCUUCUGAUAUUAAGGUGGAUUGGCCCCUGUUUUUGGCUCGCAACACCAGCGGUAGCCUGAAGGUCGAGCCAGAGAGCAGCACCCUGUAUAGUACCGCUGUCGUCUUCAGCCGGCUGCUGGAGUACGAUGACGCUAAUGACACUGCUGAUCCGAACUCAGACUUUUUUCCUCCGUAUGAGCUGCAGGACUUUACCUGGUCUCGUCUCAAACUGUCGGGUCCUGUGGCUGUGCUCUGUGGUGCUGCCGCAACCUUCGCCAAUGGAUCACUCUGCCUUCAGCUGUCAGUGUUCGAGUCUGAGGGGCGUGGCCAGUCUUUGCCUCACCUCCUGCACUCAGCUAACUCAUCACAGUUGGGAGUAUGGCUCGAUGGUGUGUUGCCACGGGCGACUCGUUCUAGGUUCCUAUUGGAGUUGCAGGCAGUGGGCGGGGCUUACCCUCUAACCAGAGUGGACACUAGUCGAUCGAUUGAUGAUGAGUUCACACCAUCUAUAUUCAAGGUGUCUCAGUGGGUAUCAUCCCUGAAUGGGAGUUCUGAAGUUCUGGGUUUUGUUCAGUGGAAGCCAGUGGCAUACAGUCAGUCUAAUCCGACUCUGGAGGACGCCACACCGUGCAGUCACACCAACCCACGGCUUCAGAAGGGCGAGAUGAUCAUGGCAUCAUCUAGUCUGAUCCACGCAUUUUACACGGAACCAGAAACCUUUGGACUCAACGUGAGCUUCGGCCUUGCAGGGGACCCGUUCUAUAACAGCACCAAGUUCCUGGGCUGGACCAUGUUGGUAGGCAUCGGCUCACCUCCUGUAGACUUGUUCUCUCCGUUGGUCAUCGCUGUCAUGGCGGUUGGUCUGGGAACCCCCAUGAUCCUCUUGUUGCUGGGUGUAAUCUGGGUCAGUGUUCAUAAGCGGGGGACGGACUCCACCACCGUCUACCAGCCAAUCAACUAAUCGGUGGGUCCCAGCCAGCAAGAGGCAGACAGUUUUUUGUUGACUGACAGAUGGCAUCACUCCUGAAGACCCACCUCUGACAGGCCAGUCAGCCAAUCAGGACCAAGAAGACCUUUUAAAUUUUUAACAUUCUUGACCUGUUUUUAAUGGUGAAGAAAACUCUACCCUAUAAAUUCUGUGGUGAAGCCAAUUGGUUUUGGCUAAUAAAAAAUAGAAUUGUAUUACAUUUAUCAUUAAAAGGUGGACUGCAAAUGGUUUACACACCCACGUCUGACAGUCCAGUCAGAAGGGCAGGACAGUCAGGAGAGCUGAGGGGAGUGUGUUUGUUUAUAUAUAUAUAUAUCUGAUUGAAACGAACUAUUAAUUUCUUGUGUACAAUACUGUAAAACAGCGAAAACAGAGGCCAAGAUGACUGUUCAGACUCAAUUUCUGUUUUCUAAUCAGUUUAUUUUGUCAGAAACUGCACAGAAAAUCACCUCCCUGAAAACUAAGACCAAACAAUUGUACAGUCAAUACCUAAAACUAAGAAUAAAAUGAACUGAAAGACACGCAGACAUUUGACUGUCGGCUGUUGAAUGAAAUAUUUUUAACCAACAAAUUAAGAAAAAUUCACAUAUUCAUCUGCUGGUUGACUGAACUUCCUGUCAGACCUGUUACGGCCAAUCGGAGAAGGUGUAGAUAAUGACAUUUCGGAUUCACAAACUGUGGAGAACAUUUUUUCUGUUUCUUGAAUCAUGACCAACAUCUGAGAGAAUUAAAAUGUUUAAUUCUUGAUAAAGAGAUGACAGCUCAGACUCCAGACCCCCAGUGGUUUCUGUCCUGCCUUUGUGUCGUCCCUUGUCAUGUGUCAAAGUUUGUUAAAGUUAUGAAUUAAAAAAAAAAAAAAAAAGUUUGUCCAGUUCCCUGCAGGUUUCACUUCUGAAGGAUCCCUCUCCAUCCCAAGUCUGAAUCUGUCUAAACUCCACCUGUUGAUAAAGUACUG